CAUGACAUAAUGGAUGCAAAGGUGUAUGCUGGUGAUUUUGCCUUUGCUGUCAUAGUCAAUAGUUUCGAAUUUAUUUGGUAGCGUUUUAGAAAAUUAUGCAUUUAGAUAAUUAACAUUUAGGCAAGUGCGUUUUAUUAAUUUGUGUUCGACUCAUGCCACUUUCAUAAGAUGGAAAAUAACACAGAUCAUUCUGAACAAAACAACUUUAGUCCUAUAACUGUGCAGGACGUAGAUGUAGAUUUUUUACCGAUUGUUUACGAAAUCAUACGAAGUGUUGAGAGGGACUUCCAUGACAACUCUGCAAAGGCUAGGGAGUCUCAAGACUGCAGUCAGAGGGUGCUCGAGCUGCAAAAGAAGUUUGACAUAGCUCGUACGCAGAUAAAGCGUUUGCCUGGAAUCGAUUACAACAAGCAAGAUCAGUUGAAACAGUUUGAAAUAUUGAGAACACAGCUGAGGUUGAAGCGAGAGCUUUUACAGAAGUAUCGGAAUAUGUGUUCAUUUGAAACUUCAUUCAAGUGACUAAUUUAUUACAAUGCCUAUUAGAGCUUUACUAAGGUAUCUCGCCAACAAUGAGCACCUUGUGCAGAAGAUUGCAGAGUCGUAUCCCAUGC